GGCGGUGGCGCCCCCCGGGCGCGUUCCCGGCCCCGGACCGAGACCGGGAACGCCUCAAUGCAGCGUUCGCUUCGAUUUUGAAUUUGAUGAGAGAAGUCUCAAAGGAGUGCGAGAAGUGCUAUGGGUCUAUGGCAGCCAACAAGUGCAAGGAGAAUGAAAUCAAACACUUCUGCAAAUACCAUGGCAAGUCAGUAGAAAGAAAGAUGGAUCCCACAGAAGAAGAGAGGACUGAAGGUUCUGUCGAACCCAGCCAAGCUCAAACUUGCCGGCAAAGGCCCAGAAGACCUUCCAAAGAUUUCUACAUUGAAGUUUCUCCUGGCAUCUAUUCUGUCACAGCAAUCUCAGAAGACAUGGUGGAACAAACCCAUGUAGUAGAUGUCAAUGCAGGACAAAGUGUUGAUUUAACUUUUGUUCUGUGAUAUUUGUUGUUUCCUGGCAAUAGCAGGAAUAAAACAUGAGGCUUUUUUUAAUGCGUGUAAUGAGCUAUAAAUAUAUUUUUCUUGUUAGCACUUUAAUAGCACCUUUCUCUUUGGGACUCCAUUUUUAUAGCGUGUACAUUUGUUUUCUAGUUAAUGCAAUUAUAUGCAGCCCACUUUGUACACUGAUUUUUAUAAAUAUUUGUACAUUGUGUGCCUUUUAAAUCCAAUUAUGUGACUGUAAUUUCAGAUUCUUCUGCUCUAAACAAUUAAGAUACAAUCAGUG